CUCUGAAUACUGAGAUUGUAGAACAAUUGCCAUUGUUAGCAGGAAACAGGGAGAUCUUUCAUCCAAAGCACAUUACCGCUGCUACAGAUACUAGUAUAGCUUCCAUCUGUGAUAGUGAUGAAUGGUGUACAAGUGAAUUAAUGCUGAGAUACUGAAACACAGAGAAGGAAUCCUCCAAACGGGUGAAUUGACUUUACUGGGAGACCAGAGAUGGAUAGACAGCUUUGCUCCUUAUCUUCAAUUUCACAAAGCAGACCUCAGCUGCAACCAGAGGCUUGUCUUCACUGUAAUAUGAAUAUUGAUUGAAAGGAGGUUUCAGUAUGAAUUGUUAUACUUGGCUAUCUCUUCUGCUAACACUAGGUCAGCUAUGGCCUUGCCUUCCAAGUAUGCAGAACCAUAACACCCAUAAAAUGAACCAACCUUUUGCAACACUUCAGAGAGUCAAACGUGGCUGGGUAUGGAGCCAGUUUUUUGUGCUGGAAGAACAGAUUUUAACAGAGCCUUUGUAUGUUGGCCAGCUGAAGUCUGAUUCCGACAAACAUGAUGGCACUUUCAAAUACAUUUUGACAGGGGAUGGAGCGGGAAGCAUUUUUACUAUCGAUGAGUAUACAGGUACAAUUCAUGUGACACAGAAGCUUGAUCGAGAAGAGAAACCUUUCUACACGCUAAGAGCACAGGCAAUUAACAGGAAUACCCAGCUGCCUGUUGAACCUGAGUCCGAAUUUAUCAUCAAAGUUCAGGAUAUCAAUGAUCAUGAACCGAAGUUCUUGGAUGGACCUUAUGAAGCCACUGUUCCAGAGAUGUCUCCUGAAGGUACGUCGGUGAUACAGGUUACAGCUACAGAUGGAGAUGAUCCUGCUUAUGGCAAUAGUGCCCGGCUGCUUUACAGUAUUUUGCAAGGACAGCCCUAUUUCUCUGUGGAGCCAAAAACAGGUGUCAUUAGAAUUUCUUCCCAAAUGGACAGAGAAACCAAGGAGCAAUAUUUUGUCAUUAUUCAAGCCAAAGAUAUGGUUGGGCAAAUGGGUGGAUUUUCAGGAACAGCAACAGUAACCAUCAACCUCUCUGACAUCAAUGACAACAAACCCAAAUUUCAACAAAAGUUCUACUACAUGAAUAUCUCUGAGGCGGCACCAGCAGGCUCUACCAUAGGCAAAAUCAUGGCCGAAGACAGCGACAUAGGGGAGAAUGCAGCCAUGAAUUAUGUCAUCGAAGGAGAUGAGUCACUUGUUUUUGACAUCAUUACUAACAAUGAGACCCAAGAAGGAAUUGUUAUAUUAAAAGAGAGAGUGGAUUAUGAGAGCAAAAGGAGAUACAGUGUUAAAGCAAAAGCAGUCAACAGGCAAAUGGAUGGCCUUUUUAUGAAAGAAGGGCCCUUUGAAGACACAACCAUUAUCAAGAUCAGCGUGGAAGAUGCUGAUGAGCCUCCAGUUUUCACCUCACAGAACUAUGUAAUGGAAAUCGCUGAAGGGGCCACAAAUGGCUCCUUGGUUGGUGCUAUCACUGCCAGAGAUCCAGACAAUGCCAACAGUCCCAUCAGGUAUUCUAUUGUCCACAGCACGUAUUUAAAAAGAUUGUUCAGCAUCAAUGCACACAGUGGAACAAUCAUUAUAACUAAGCUUCUGGACCGAGAGACAGCUGCUUGGCAUAACAUAACUGUUACAGCCACAGAAACAAGAAAUCCAGAACAAGUUUCUGAAGUAUCUGUGUAUGUUCAAGUUCUUGAUGUUAAUGAUCAUGCUCCAGAAUUCCCAAAACACUAUGAGAUUUAUGUGUGUGAAAAUGCAAGAUCUGGACAGCUAAUCCAGACCAUCAGUGCAGUGGAUAAAGAUGAUUCAGUAGAAGGCCAUCAUUUUUACUUCGCUCUGGCUCGGGAGGCCACAAACAACUCAAAUUUUACUGUCAGAGAUAAUCAAGAUAACACAGCUGGAAUUCUUACAGCAAAAAAUGGCUUCAGUCGACAAGAGCAGUUUGCUUUCUUCCUGCCAGUCCUAAUUGUGGACAAUGGAACCCCCUCACUUACCAGCACAAACACCCUAACUGUCAGCGUCUGUGAUUGUGAUACUGAAGCUAGUGCCCAGUCUUGUCGAUUUGGAGCUUUCAUGUUUUCUAUGGGUCUCAGCAUAGAAACAUUAGUUGCAGUUUUGGCUUGCAUACUAAUAAUAUUAGUGUUUUUUUUGGCUAUGCUGGUUUUAAGGCAACGGAGGAAGCAGUCCCUAUUUCCUGACAAGCCUGAAGAAUUCAGAGAGAACAUUGUCAGGUAUGAUGAUGAAGGAGGUGGAGAGGAGGACACAGAGGCUUUUGAUAUUUCAGCACUCAGGACUCGUACUGUUAUGAGAGAACACAAGUCUAGAAGAAACAUCACAACAGAAAUCCAAAGCCUUUACAGACAAUCUCUGCAAGUUGGUCCUGACAGUGCUGUAUUCAGGGAAUUCAUUUUAGAAAAGCUUAAAGAAGCUAAUACAGAUCCUACUGUUCCACCAUACGAUUCCCUUCAGACAUAUACAUUUGAGGGGUCUGGAUCACUGGCUGGAUCCCUCAGCUCUUUAGGAUCAAGCAUGUCAGAUGUGGAUGAGAAUUAUGAUUACCUUACUGAGCGCGGGCCAGACUUUAAACAACUAGCAUGCAUGUAUGACCCCAUUAAGAGUGCAACGGAUUAGCAGCCACUAGGGACCACAUUUUCAAAAGUACUCAAAUCAAAAUCAAGUCUGGAUUUGAAAAUGAGACCAAUUUAAGCAUCAAAAUAGGUGGCCAGAUUUUCAAGAACAGCAGUUCAAAAGGAUAGUGGAUGCUGAGAUCCUUUUGAAAAUCUGCCCGUGAGAAUCACUCUGAGAAGCGUUGAAUGCUCAGCAAUUUUGAAAGUCAGAUUUUAUUCAGGUGCCUGAAUACAAGCUGCAGUUCUUUGAAAAUCUUGUUCCAAUAGUAGGUGCUUAAAACAGGUCCCACAAGUACAGGAAAAACAAAACAAAAAAAACCUAUGGUUCCUGGAAAUAUUCAACCUAGCUUAGGCUUUACAACUAUUUUCAAAGUUAAGGCGACUUGUUAGGUUUUUUUGUUUAUAUUAAUUAAUCAAAGUUAAAGCUUGCAUAUUUGUAUUAUGUUUGGUAAUAUAAAUUCUAUUGUGUAAAAAAUGUAGACACCAGAAAUAUUUUAAAUGAUUGUCAUAAACACUUACAAAGUCUUCUAUUUAUUUUUUUAGCAUAAAAUUAAAGCAAAUACCAGUUUUAGCUGUGUAGAAAUAAAGGCCUGUUACAGUCAACAUUUAUUCACUAUUAAAUUUGAAUUUUUAUUAAACUGCCUGGAAGUGUGUUAAAUUCCUAAUUAAUUUCUAAGUUAAUGCAUUCAAAAAUUAUAAAAGACAAAAAAGUAUUAGGUUCAAGUUUGAAUCAAUAUUCAACUUAACUAGAGUAGUAUCAAUCAUGUUACAUUUUACCGUGCAUAGCAUCAAAUACAAUUCACAUCUGGGCUUUUCCCCUUUUAUUAAGAGCUUAAAAGAUGACUGAUUUCCCAGCACAGAUAUUUUUUAUUAUGGAAUAUAAAAUUAGCUUCAGUACUCAAUUUUAUUGUAACAGUAUUAAAGAUCUUUAAAAUGCUAAGCUGGUGGAUAUAAUACUUGAUGUAUAACAUUAGAUAAUAAGAUAGUAAACAUUUAAUGUUAAUCCAGUUCUUCAGAAAAUGAUCCCUGAUUCUGAAGGAAUCGAGUCAGACUUCAAAAUUAAUUUCCCACUGUAUUUUUUACACAGUCUGUCGGGAGUAUAAAAUUGUCUCAGAACUAUUCCCUUUCACUUAUCUGUAUGGUGGAUCAACAGAAAUUUAGUGUUCUAAAAACCAUCAAAUAUACUCAAAUGCUGACUAAGAGAGGAAGGGUCUGCCUUAUAUUUAUUCACCAUUUUUUCCAUUAGCUGUUUAUUUUACAGCAUCUGCAACAUGUAAUCAAUUGAAACAUUUCAACAGCUGAAAGCUGGGAUCAGGAAGAGGAAAAGCAAUUAGCUUUUUUGUUUAAGCUCUCAGGUAAGCUCCACUGAAUUACAGAAAGCUAGGCAAAUCUUAUACAAGAAAUGAAAAUGCAUGAAGCAUAGCAAACAUCACAGAGCUUGUACAAUUAUUUGUUUAUUAAAGAAAAACAAGGGAUGUAGUCUAAGCAGAAAGAUUCCAGUACAGUGACACUUUAAAUGCCUGCAAGUUAAAAAUAAAACACAUGAGAAAGUAAGGGAAUUAGGACACAAAGGGGUGUGAGUCCAGAGAAAAAAAGCUAUGAUACUAUUUGUUCUUGAAACAAUAUUAUCAAGCAUGUGACUAGCAGCUGAUGAACCAGCACAUGUAUAAUGGGGAAAAGUUGUUGUUUUUUUUGUGAGAACAAUGCUAAGUUCCUCCAUAGAAGAGUUGUCACAGAGUAACUUUAAAAGA